CCCUGACGAGCCCGCCCGUACAGCAGCAGCAGCCGCAGCAGCAGCAGGUCGAGUCGAGGCGCAUCGGGUCGCUCCUGGUUCAUUUGGGGUCCAUCCAACGGACGGGACCGUUGAUCAGGCUCGGGGUACCGCAUUGGGCGUGGUGGGUCAAAAAAUACCUUCUUCGAGCGGGUUUGGAGCAGGUGAGCCCGGGGGCUGUGCGGUGCAAGUUGAUCACCGCACUCCGCCCGGCACCAUGCUCGAGACGGAGCUCGCCGCGGGACUGUCCUCGCUGGCGACGCUGGAUCAGGUGCAGCUGUUGGGCCACGAGCCCCUGCAACAGCUCUUUCGUGCCAUCGCCGCCAAGUUUGACCAGUAUGACCGCCUCCUGGUGCCUGGCAAGGCACCGACAGCCGCCGGCACCGGCGGCAGCAGCAGCAGCGGAUUGGUCGUACUCGAGCGUCAGCAAUAUGAAGCGCUUGAGCAUCGGCUCGAGACCCUGGAAAAUGCUCUCGUGCAAUCGCGCGUCCAAGCCAUUGCUAGCUCCCCGCUGGCUCAAAUGGCGGCCGACAAGCGCCACAACCUCCGCCUGGAAGACCAUGUGAUCCCACUCAUCAAACUCGAUAGCCAGAUCAAGGGCUGCCGCACCGGCGUCGAAGCCAACGCCGCUGGCGUCGAAGAAGUGCGCGAGAGCGUCGCCCAGGUCGCCGAGGCUCUGCAUGCAGAGCUGCAGCGCGAGCUGGCCCGCAUGGCCACCAAAGAGGAGCUCAGCGCUGUCGAAGCCCGCGUGGACGCCGUUGAUACCCGCGUGACUCAGAAUGAAGCGGCCGUGACUCAGAUCAAUCAACGCAUCGUCAACCUCGAAAGCCAGAUUGCCGCCUUGGCCACUAGAGCUGCCAACUUGGAGGACGGCAUGCUUGAAGUCCAGCGCGAAGCUCGCCAGCUGCGCGACACCGUUGACACUGUCACCGAACGCGUAGGCUCCAUUGAACGCCAAAUGCAGGGCCUGCAAACCCUCAGCGAGAAGCUGGCUGAGCUCGAAGACCUGGUCAACGAUGCCGCCACAAAAACAGAUCUCGAACAACUUCGCCACGACUUGACGCACACGAUGACACAGCGACUGGACGGCAUGCAGCGGCAGUUCAACACUUUGGAGAACAAACUGGAGGAGCACGAUUCUGAAGUACAGGAAAUCCGGCAAGGCCUGGACAAGGCCAACUUUAACAUUCAGCGCUUGGGAGCCAUGCAAAACAGCCUGCAACAAGCUAUGGCAAGCAAUGUGGCGGCUCGGCCCGCCUCUGGCCACGCCGGGCCCACAAACGCUAGCUCGCGCGCAGCUUCAGCUGCUACCGCAGGCGCCAGUACCCACGGCGGCAGCAUGGGUGGCAUGGCCAGCAACAGCGUCAGCGGAGGUACCAGCGUUGGCUUUGCCAUGGGCGGUAGCAACCUGGGUGGCGGCAGUUUGGGUGGUGGUAGCCUGGGCGGCGGCGGCGGCGGCGGCCUGGGCGGCGGCGGCUUUUUUGGUGACGAUAUUUACAAAACCUUGGAUGUCAUGCAACGUGAAAUUGUGGCGCUGAAGGAAGCGGUGAGCCUUGUCUCGGAGGAUUCGGCCGCUGCCACAGAGGAGGCCAUUUCUGUAUUACAGGCGCGGGUUGAGGAGCUUCAAACGGCCAAGGCCGACCGUUCGGCGGUUGAACGUGCCCUGCAGGUCAAAGCCGAUCGCGAUGCGGUGGCUCGUGACACCGAGCGCAACCUGCGCGCGGUUGAUGAGGCCCUGACCGUCAUGAAUGCAGGCACCCAGGGCGUACAGCAACUUUUGGAUCAACAGGGCGAGAUGGUGACGGCAUUGACAACGCGUCUCGAAGACAAACUGGAUCGCCGCGAGCUCGAGUCCCUCAAGGCCAAGCUGGCGGCCGUCAGCCAGGGCUCCCACAAGUCACCCGAGGAAAUUCGUCAGCAACAAGAGGCCAUCUACGGCCAGUAUGGCAUUUCGCCCGAGGAUGCCGCUGGCAUGGCACGGCAAAUGGACCCAUAUCGAUGCAUUUCGUGUAACCAUCCACUUCAACCACGCGGCCAGGACAGCGCACCGACCUUGCCCUUGAUGCCACCCACGGGCGAUCGCAAGACGCCCUAUGUGGCCGCACGCAAAGGUGGCACUCGGCCCAAGAGUGGUAGUGUCGGUAGCUCUAGCCAGGUUCCCGUCGAGGCCUCUAGGACUGCGACGGCCGUGAUUGGCGAUGACGGCCGGAAAGAAGAAGCCAAGAAAUUCGUGUUAAAGCACUUUCCAAAGGCUUGGGACAAGGUGGGCGAGAUCAACCUCUUGCAAGCUGCCUAUGAGGCGGUGGCCAAGACCCUUGGCGUGGCAGAAAGCCUAAACAUCAGCCAAGACGACAUCUAUCCCAAAGAAUGGUGGACCGAGGUGUUCAAGGUUGAGAAGCUUUUGAAAAAGCCGAGCAACGUCAAGGCCAUUGUGAUGGGGGCGGACCCACCGGGCAAUUUAUGGGGACCGCAUGCGACGGGUGUCGCGUUUCAUCUGCCAUAUGCUCAGAAGAAGAACAGCGUUCUACAGGCGAUGUUGGAAGAGUACGGCAUUGACUGUUUUGGCGACAAUGCGCGCACAUGGACUAAGAACGGAGUUGCCUUUGUCAAUUUUGUCCGGACGAUCCCAUUUGGUUCAAAGUCUUUGAAUGCUAACCCGUUCCUUCCAUGCUGGGAGGGUUACACAAUCAAGUUUCAGGGCUACACGGCUGACAACAAGCUUCAGGUCAUCUGGUUUAACCUGCGCAAAGCCGAUCACAAGUUCAACUACGACUUGGGCUCAAAACUUGGUGAAGACCGUCUUGAUGUCAUUCGAUGUGCGCACCCAAGCGACAAAGUCGUGAAUUCUGGGUCCAUCUCAAAAUUGCUUGCUUUUUUCGACAAGUUAAAGAGCAAGAGCGGUUCCGCUCACCUGCUCACGGACAAGACAGUGGCAAUGCUGAAGGCACUGAAGGCGUUGUCCGCAGCAAGUCUGAAAGAAAAUGAUGAUGCUGCAAAGGUGAAAAAUGCACUGCCAAUGAUCUGCCAGCAAAUGAUGCUUGCUUCUGCAGCCAGUCAAAUGCAAGCGACACUCGGCGAAUUAUCAAAGUCGACGGCGGACAAGGGACUGCAAUUUGUUUAUCUUCAAAGCUUAGCGCAACCAACAGUCUUUUCGGAGACUCAAAAGGAGGCUCAACGAUAUUUUACGAACAGACAAUUGGCAGCAACUACAACAGAUGCAGAAGCAGCAGCAAUAGCGGCAGAAGCAGCGGCAAAAGCGGCAAAAGCGGCAAAAGCGGCAAAAGAUGCAGCCGGCACCUUAUACCAGAUGACGCAAAUGCAACAGCAGCAGCAAAAGCAGCAAAAGCAAAAGCAACAAAAGCAGCCAAAAAAGCAGCCAAAAAAGCAGCAAAAGCAGAAGCAGCAGAUGCAGCAGAAGCAGCACAAAAUUCAGCAGAAAAAGUACUACAACAAAUGCUGGCAAGAAAAGAGCGUAGCAGCAUCAACAGUCAGCUUCACCGACAUCGAUCAAAUGGACGUGGAUCGCCUCACGUCGCGCGCUCGCCGUGCCAUCGAGAUGGAUCGGCAACAGCUCCAGCGUUGGUUUUAUUUUUUUGUCGGAAUCCCACCCCCUCUUGUCGCCAUCACCCUGUCACAGGCGAGAAAACUCAUGCCAUUGAUUGCCCACAACAUUUUCCAGAGACCAACCCUCUGCUGGGAGGCAGUGAGCGUGCAGGUGCAACCCCUUCGCGAAAUCGCCAUGCAGCCGACGCACACGCUGGCCAAAAUCCCUUGCUCGGAGGAAGCGAGCGCCAAGCAGCCCCUCCUGUCCAACCAAACGCAGCCCCGGCCGCCAACGCCAGCCCAGCUCGUGCGCAUGACCAACGUCAGCACUACCGUGCCCAAGAGGAAGCAUAUCGAUCCAACCACGAGUUUAACGAACCCCCGCGCCCUUCUUCUGAUCGACACGCGGCGCCAACAACGACGCCAACCGUCGCGUGAUUAUUAUGAGCCAUCACGCCGGGGGGACGAAUAUCCUCCGCCCUCAUCGGGCUAUCGUGAGCGCGAGCGCUACGACUACGCCCCUCGCCCCAGCUCACGCGACUAUCGCGACUCACGCGACUAUCGCGACUCACGUGACUAUCGCGAUUCCCGAGACCCCCGCGACCGCUUUGAUCCACGGGACCGCCGUGACUACCAUGAGCCACGCGAAGAGCGUUAUGAUUCUCGCUCAGCUCGAGAUGAUAGGCAGAGUCGAGGCGGAGAUGAGCGAUCCGGUCCAGGUUAUCAGUUUGAGCCGGGCCGCCAGCCGUCCCGGGGCGCUGCUCGUCCUGGCACCGUCUCAGGACGCGCAAAGUCCCCCGCCCGUGAAGAGCCACAAGCACGCAGCACGCCUCAAGCUGACAGCUACUUUGGUCCCUCUGGUGGCGCUCAAAAUGCCCGCUCCAAGAAAGAGGCAUACGCUGAAGAACUUCGACAGCAAAUGGAGCUGGAAAAGCAGCGCCGCGAGAUUGAGAAACACGGAGGCGUUGCGAGCCGUGAUCCCUUUCAUCCUGAAAUGAGCAAAUUUGUUGAUCGCACGGCAGCGGCACCUGAGCAGCCGAGCAACCAUCAACCGCGCAACGGCCGCCGCGAGCCCGCGUCCCCAGCUGCAUAUCGUCCCUCUUCACGGCCCACCUCACGUCAAGGCGGCGAGCGCCCGCCCUCACGCCCCAUGUCACGACAAGGCGCACCAUCGCGGGGCUACAUGGGUGCAGACCCUUAUAUGCAAGCCCCACCGGGCUACGGUGGCAUCGGUCAAGGCUAUCCCGCCCCUUACAUGCCCAUGAACAUGCCACCCCCCAUGAACCCCAUGGGCGGCAUGCCGUACAUGAACAUGUACAUGCAAGGCAUGCAGGGCAUGCCUGGUAAUCCCUACUUGGGUGCGCAGCCGUCGGCCAUGGCCAUGAACGGCAUGUAUGGAGGCAACGGCAUGGGCAUGCCUCCAACAUCUUUUUCAGGCAAUGGUUCAAAUCAAGCAGACCCGCGCCAAAUGGCUGCUCACAUGAAUAUGGCUCCUCAAGCGCCAAAUUCCAUGGCCCCUGCCGCAGCACCAGAGGCCCAUGCUCAACACGCAGAUAAUGUGCACGGUGCCGACCACGGUCAGGCUCACCUCGAUUCACCACAACAUCGUCGCGGUCCUGGGGAGGGGCGUGCGCCCCAGUCCAAGAUGUCCUAUGCCGAGGAAUUACGGGCUCAGAUGCAAGCCAAGCAGGCUCGCGACCAAGCGCGAAAGACGGAGCAAGAAAAAUGGGAAUUGAAGAAAGAGCAGGAGAUUGCGGAGUACAAUCCCUGGGGGCGGGGAGGUGCCGGUGCUCCCGUCAAGAAGAACGGCGUCGUGCAGACCAUGCGCAUGGCGCUCCAGCCCAACAUGCAAAUGCGGCUGCAGGCGCAGGUGCUCCGAAUCAAGGUCAGCAAGCUUCUGAACUCGUCACUCGCCCAGCGCACGGUAAUUCUCAUUCACAACAAACAAUGUGCAGCCUAUGCGCCAGGUCCGGGUCAGCCCCAGCAAUCGAUGCAACAAACCGCACCCCCUCCUGCUGACGGCGUAGCGCCAAGCGGUGCUGGGCCGGCGGGCAACAAGAUUACCCAAUUGUCGCAGCCAGGUGAUGACGAAAAGCGCCGGGCCAAGGAGCAAAAUCAGGCCUUCUUACGGCAACAAAUCGAGGAAAAAGAGCGGCGCAAGAGGGAGGAAGAAGCCCGUAUCAAAUUGGAGGAGCAACGGGAGGCCGAGCGCCUCGAGCGCGAUCGCGCCCGGCUUCAGGAACAGUUUGAAGAGGAGCAGCGCAAACUGCGUGAAAAGGAAGAGCAAACUCGUCUGGAGAACGAGAAACAGAAGCAAGCGGCCGAGGAAAAGCGUCGGAAGAUGCAGGAAAUGCAGCAGCAGCGGGAGGCCGAGGCUGAAGCGAAACGACAACGCGAACAAGAGGAAAUGCGCAAGCAACAAGAGGCAGAGAUGGCCGCAGAAAAAGCACGCCAGGCGGCCCCAUCUGCGUCGCAACGGCCUCGAUCGCCGCCCAUUCCUACCAUGCAGCAAAACAACGCUGCAGCACAGAGGCCCGCCUCACCACCGAUUCCGGCCUUGCAAAAGGCGGUUCAACGCCCGGCCUCGCCUCCAAUUCCUGCAUUGCGGGAGCGCAAUAGCCGCCCGGCCUCCAAAUCAUCCCGGCCUCCCUCGCAGCCACGCAACAUGGCUGCCCAACGACCGCCUCCACGCCCGCCAAGUCAGACCGCAUCUGCGCGGGGCGGCAACAUGUCGCGUCAGGGGACGCUCAGCUCCAGUUUGACUCAGGAUACGGCAAACGUUGUGUCAAAGCUGUCUGAGCUGCGUGCCAAGUUGGCUGCGGAACAGCGCAAGGUGGAUAUAACGGUGAAGCAAAAUCAGGAGCAUGUGCACAAAAUUCAAGAGAGGCAGCGGCAACCCUCAGCUGGGCCAGCGCAGGCGCCGGUGGACAUGUUUGAGCGUGCGCGCCGCUUGACCCGUUCGCGACAGGCCGCGGGGGAGCGACAGACCAAUGGCCUCGGGGCUACGCAGCCCAAUGGUGAUUCGAAGGCACUGGACGAGUUUAACCGUUUGAAAUACGGCAAAGGGGAGGACUCGGCAGCCAAUCGUGAACUCAAAAAGAUGUUUCCGACGCCGCCUUCCGAUCAGAGUUCGCUCGACAUUCAGCAAAAGGCACUCAUUGACCAACAGACGCUUGAAUUGGAUCGCCUCCGGCAAGCACUGAAGGAGUCGGAGCAAAAUAUCACCGAGCCUCUGCCCUUGGCAGAUCGUAGCGUCACGACGUCUUCCUUCAAUGUGGAUGCUGUGGAACAGCACAACCUCGAGCGCCUUCGCAAGUUGACACGAGAGCAGCAAGGGGCGCGUGCGGAGGAUCCGGAGGCGUUGAUUCAACGGUUCUUGAAUCGACAACGGUUGGACGAUGACCAGGAUCUGGCCUUGAAUCUUAAUGCCGAUGAUACGCGUAGUCUGCAUGCAGAUUCAUCCUUUUCGCCCGUCAAUUAG